AUGUGGAAGACUUCGAGUUUAAUAGCCAUUGUGACUUUGUGUCCACUGGUAUCUUCUGCCCUGGCUGAUUUCGCCCUUCACAAGGUCCUCAGCGAUGCAACCCCGAUCUUUGGAUCUUAUGUUAAGGAAUCUGGCGAAAAGGCCCAAUGGAUGAAGGCAUACCCGGAUGAAACUUUGCUUGUCCACAUGAACAUUCCUGGCACACACGACAGCGCAACAUGGAAUUAUACACAACCGACACAAGAUGCUCUGCGAGGUAUCACAGACUUGAACCAGGUCACUGUCCCAGUGCCAGAGACAUUCCGCUGUCAAGAGCUGCCAUUGAUUGAUAUGCUUAAUAUGGGCAUCCGCGCCUUUGAUCUGCGCUAUGCCCUAGAUCCGACCAACUCCAGCCUCAUCUUCUACCACUCGCAAGCCCUGCUCUCGGAGACAGCCACGGUCGAUGACGUGCUGUUCGGAUUCUAUCAGUGGCUGGAUGACCACCCAUCAGAGACAAUAUUUCUCUCAUUUCAGCAUGAGAGCUCGACAGCCCGCUAUGUCUUCGAUGAUGCGGCAUCACAGCUGAAGAUGUACAACGCCCUUACUUCUUCUGCCGCGCGUCAUUAUUUCGUUCAGACUAAGGGUCAAUUAGGCACAUUGGGCGAUGCACGUGGAAAAAUUACCCUCCUGCGCCGGUUUGAUCUGGACAAGCUACCCGAUUCUUACACAGCCACACUUCCCGGUUUGCAUUUCUCGCCUAGCCUGUGGACCGACAACGGACCGGAUAUUAGCCUGGAGUAUAAUACUGAUAAGCAUUUGACUGCGUACAUUGAGGAUUACUAUCAGCCUCUUACGCCCACAGGAUCAAGCGCGAUCGAGAAUAUCAAGUGGAAGUACAAUGCUACCGUGGCAAAUAUUGACAAGGCCACCACACAACAUCCAGAUAGUCUCUUUUGGACCUGGGGAUCUGGUACGAAUCUUGAGAACAGUCCGCCUGAUUGGCCUCGCAUCAUGGCUAUAGGAAAUGGCACUGGAUACACUCCAAAUGGUGGGGUAAACCAGCACCUACUGUCCUAUCUGAGAGAGCAAAAAGGCAAACGGGUGGGGAUUGUGAUGUUUGAUUUCUUUGACCAACCUUCUGGCUUGAUUGAUACAUUUUUGGCCCUCUAA